AUGGAAGACGGGGAGGUUUCAGGGAAAAGGAGCAGGAAUAUGGAGGAGAGGAAUGAUGCAGAUAAGAUUGAUGAUGUGAUGUUGCCUGGUUUUCGAUUUCAUCCUACAGAUGAGGAACUUGUGGGGUUCUACCUGAGGAGAAAGAUUCAACAGCUAUCUCUUCCUAUUGAGCUGAUCAAGCAAGUGGACAUUUACAAAUAUGACCCGUGGGAUCUUCCAAGUAAGAUAAUCCAUCUCCAUGCACACUGUUCUCUGAAACUUUCUUAG